ACGCCCUUGUCUUCAGGGACCAUGACUGCAAAGGGGUGUUACUGAGGAAUUAUAUUAAAAAGCGGGUGUAACCCACCACCAGAAGAACAGUGUUCUUGGAUCAAGUUCUGUCUGUUGUUAGAAGGAGAAAAACAGCAGAUGUUUUAGUUCACCUCUUUGGAAUAUUAAGUUUUCUCUGCUGUUGAGAGAUAACUUGCAGGAAGACUCCUUUUAAGUGAGGGGAGAGGCAUCGGCAGCAGGAAGAAGAGAAGAGGCUGACGGGGGAGACAGACGAGCGGUGGUUGAAGGCGGCCCAGAAGAAGAGCAGCUCCGCCCCUUCAUGCAGCUGCAGUGCCAAAUGAAAGACAGUGAGGGAGUGGUGACAGUCAGAGAGGGAACAAACCAAAAGUCAAAAGACGCCUGAGGACGAGGACGAGGAGGCAGCUGAUGCCAGAGAAGAGGAAUAAGCCUCCCAAGAAGAAAACAAAAAAUCCGUCAACGGCGCAGACAGAGGCAGAACACACAGCGACGAUCAGGCUGGCACUGACGAGGACGCACAAGUGAAUACAGCAGCUGCGGAUCACGUCUCUGUACAAAUGGCACAAAGGAUGUUUCAUGAAAGUGGGCAGGACGGCCGAUCAGUCCUGGGGAUGGUGGCUGUGCAGGUUGAGAGAGACCCUAAGACAGGUGCUUCCAUCGUCAGGUCAGUGGCCCCUGUGUCUGAACCGGCCGGUGCUGCACCGAUGGCUACCGCUGUCUUCGAUGAUGGCAGGAAGAGCAUCCAUGCUUUUGGUGGGUCAGGGAGUCAACCCUCGAGUGAAGAGCUCGGGCAGAUCUUGAGCAUCGUCGAUGGGGUCGGGAUGAAAGUGCUGCUGGAUGAGGUCACAGUCACGCCGAAUGAGCCGGAGAUAAAGAUAGAGAAUGUAGAUGCAGCCCCACAGGAAAAAGUCCUGUCUUUUUCCACCCAUUAUGACGUGUCAAAGGAGGACGAUGCUCCGUUAGAGAGCUCUAAAAGCUACGACUCUGAGGCUGAGCUGGAGGAAGAGGACUGUGCUGUGAAUUUGGGCAACGAGGAGGAUCAAAAAGAGGACAGAGUGGAGGUCAGAGACAUUGCAGGAGAAGUAGAGAACGUGGAGGAUCUAAAGUUGGAGGAAGGCCCCGUCACACUUGUGUUCCUGGGAUACGCUGACGCUGACCAAGCUCAGAGCCAGGAGGACCGUGACAGCAGCAUGAUCACUGUGGAGCGAGUGAUGAUCACUGAGGACGGAGAAGAACACGUCAUAGGACCUGAAACGUCUGCUUCUGAGACGUCUGCCUCUGAAACGUCUGCUGCAACUCAGGCAGAGAAAGAGGCCAAAGUGUUUCAAGAAGUUCCCCUGGAUGGCAACGGGGUUAAAGUCCAAGGAGAGGAAGGCGAUAAGGGGCUGCAUAAUUCAUCUCCACCCGCUGCAGCAGAGGGAGGAGGCACCACCAAGCGGAAGACCUGUCAGUGUUGCUCUGUCAUGUAGGCAAUGAUUGAAGAAAGAGACUCCUUCAUCGGCCUUAAUCGUGUCAGUAGUGACUGAUGUGAGAGAGUAGACCACCACCUGGUGCAGUCUUAUAAUGUGUUUUGGCUCUUAGCACCAUCACUUCUCUGCCAAAGAGCAAGGCAUUUAUCUUGUUGUAGGUCUUUUACAACAGCUGUGGACUAACAGCUCUGAGGGACUAUUAAAAUCCACUUCCUCCCUCUGGUGGACAAAGCUGAGAAUUUCAACAUGCAGAUUCUUCUCACCUCAAAUGUCUCUGUGCCUUAUCAGCCAAAAAUAUUCCAUAUGCUUCAUAUUGUUUGCUCAAAGAGUAGAAAAAGCCAAAGAGCAGCAGAAGUGUAUUUCACAGCUUUGGGCAUAUUUUUUUCUAACAGUAAUCAUUAACAAUUAACAUAUUCA